UUAUUUCAACAAGUCACCGAAAUCGAUAGAAGCCUCCCCAAAAAUCCCCCCAAUCAGGGAUAAUGGAGAUCGACGGCGAGCCUCCGUCCGACCACAAGCUCUGUGGCUACCUCUGCGCGGUGGUCGCGGCUCCUGCGGGCGUCUAUCUUCCCCUCAAUUCGACAUGCCGCAUAGCCGGUGAUCCGCCCAACGUUCACUUCGCGGCGCAAAAUGACGUACGCUUGAUCCCCAUUGGGAGGCCAGAAUCCUCGGAUUCCAAAGCGCCGCCGCCGUCUGUGAAGAAGCGGUGGAGUAGAAUUGGAAUGGUGCACGGAUCGAUUAGUGUGGUGCACCAAUUGCACGCCCUCGUCACGCAUAAGUGCUUGAGAAUCGUGGCGAGAAUUGUGGAUGUUUCGCAGCGCGACAACGAAUUGGAUGGUGGAAGUAGGGAAAUUAGGGUUGUCGUGUUAGUGGAUGUAUACUUGCCGAUUGCUUUGUGGGAUGGAUGGCAGUUUCCCAAGUUGAGCGCCACUGCAGCCGCCCUAUUCAAACACUUGAGCUGCAAUUGGGAAACUAGAAGCUUGAUAUCCAAGUCGGUGAAAUUUGGCGUUGAUGAUUAUCAUAGCAUUUGGCAUGCAAUGGACUGCCACGUUCUUGGCUGUCGAUGGCAUUGCUCUGCUCCAAACAAUCAUAGGCCCAAAAAGCUUUUUGAACUUCAGGAAAUUUUUAAGAAUUUGCCUUGUGUCACAAAGAAAGUAGAGUGUGAAUUUUCAAGAAUAAAUCCAGAAGACUCUUCUUCUGAUUCUGGUAUCUGGAUGCUGUCAGAUGAUAUUUUGAUUAAAAUCCUGUCUACACUAAAUCCAGUUACUCUUGUUAAGAUUUCUUUGACAUGCCAUCAUUUAAGGUAUUUGGCGGCAUCCAUCAUGCCGUGCAUGAAACUUAAACUCUAUCCCCACCAGCAGGCUGCAGUUAAGUGGAUGUUAAAGCGUGAAAGGGAAUCGCAAGUUCUACAACACCCUCUAUACAUGGAUUUCAAAACAGAAGAUGGAUUUGAUUUUAAUAUCAAUAUGGUUUCUGGUGAGAUUGUUGCUGGUGAAAUUCCUAUAGCAAGGGAUUUCCAUGGAGGAAUGUUUUGUGAUGAACCUGGACUGGGUAAGACUAUUACUGCUCUUUCGCUAAUUUUAAAGACUCAGGGAACGGUGGCAGAACCUUCAGAUGCAGCGCAAGUGAUCUGGUGCACGCAUGAUGGGAAUAACAGGUGUGGCUACUAUGAAGUCAGCGCUGAGCAAACUACCAGCAGUAACAUGUCAAAGUUGAUGAAUAAUGUGGGAAAGAAAUCUCGCAGGGGGCAAUUAACCCUUGAUGAACUCACCCCAAUGAAGACUUCUACAAGGAAUUCAUCAACUUCUCCAAUGCUUCUUGGUUCAUCUGAGCAACCAUUGGCAUCCACUGUUUCAUGGUCCCAUAAACCAAAAAGGUUCAUCGAAUCUGUGUCUUCGACACCUGCAACAUUUGCUAUAAGGUGUGGGAGGAGCUGGGGCAAUGCAAAGAGAAAUCUUCUGGAAGCUUAUGAUGAGUCAUCUCUUACAUCUAAUAAAUGCUCAAAAAAGAGAAAGCAUGGCUCUAAGGGUCGCAAACAAAGGGGUUUGGGAAAGCAAGUGGGUUUUUCCCAAGGGACCUUGUUCAGUAAGAAUACAAAUGAAGAGAAAGUGACAGAUGAUGUGGAAUUAAAUGAAUCUUGGGUCCAGUGUGAUUCUUGUAGCAAGUGGCGGAAAGUUUCUGGUGAAUGUGGAGCAAAUGUUUCUACAGCAUGGUUUUGUAGCAUGAACAGCGACCCUACAUAUCAGAGUUGUAAUGUUCCUGAAGAAUCCUGGGAUGUUAGGGAGUCUAUCACAUACUUACCAGGAUUUCAUGCCAAGGGAUCAAAUGGAGGGCGAGAUGAAAAUGUGUCUUUCUUUAUUAGUGUGCUAAAGGAACACUAUGCUUUUAUCAAUUCUGAAACAAAGAAAGCCUUGACUUGGCUAGCUAAACUUUCACCUGAUAAGCUUGCAGAAAUGGAAACAAUUGGGUUGGUGAGCCCAAUGAUUGGAACUUCUCUAUUUGAUACUAGAGUGCCUCGUGAUUAUCACAGAAUCUUUCAAGCUUUUGGCCUUGUAAAAAGAGUUGUAAGGGGUGAUUUGAGGUGGUAUUAUCCGAAAAAUCUGUUGAACCUGACUUUUGAUCUGGAUUCCCUUAGGAUUGCCUUAUGUGAACCAAUAAACUCAGUGAGGUUGUAUCUGUCAAGUGCAACAUUAAUAGUUGUUCCAUCAAAUCUUGUUGAUCACUGGAGAACCCAAAUUGAACGGCAUGUGAGACCAGGUCAACUGAGAGUUUACAUAUGGAGCGAUCAAAAGAGAAAACCUCCUCCCCACAAUUUGGCUUGGGACUAUGAUAUUGUAAUAACUACCUUCAAUCGGUUGAGUGCUGAGUGGAGUCCUCGUAAAAGAAGUGUGCUAAUGCAAGUUCAUUGGCUGAGGGUGAUGCUGGAUGAAGGGCAUACACUUGGUUCAAGUCUCACUCUGACAAACAAAUUGCAAAUGUUGGUUUCGCUAACUGCCACAAGCCGCUGGCUAUUGACAGGAACUCCUACUCCUAAUACACCUAACAGUCAGCUAUCUUAUCUUCAACCAAUGCUAAAGUUCCUCAAAGAAGAGACAUACGGGUUGAACCAAAAGUCAUGGGAUGCUGGUAUCCUUAGGCCAUUUGAGGCAGAGAUGGAAGAGGGCAGGUUGCGUUUGCUGCAGUUGCUUAACAGGUGCAUGAUCAGUGCAAGGAAAACUGAUCUGAAAGCAAUUCCACCUUGCAUAAAGAAAAUUACAUAUUUGGAUUUUUCUGAAGAGCAUGCAAAAAGUUAUAAUGAACUGGUGGAAACUGUCCGUCGUAAUAUUUUAAUGGCUGACUGGAACGACCCAUCUCAUGUUGAAAGUUUAUUGAACCCAAAACAAUGGAAAUUUCGUGCUGCUACCAUAAAAAAUGUGAGGUUAUCCUGCUGUGUUGCGGGACAUGUCAGAAUGUCUGAGGCUGGUCAAGAUAUUCAAGACACCAUGGAUAUCUUAGUAGAGGAUGGUCUGGAUCCUAUGUCCCAGGAACAUGCUUUGAUAAAAUACAAUCUCUUGUAUGGUGGCAACUGCAUGAGGUGCGGAGAAUGGUGUCGUUUACCUGUCAUUACACCUUGUAGGCACCUGUUGUGCCUUGAUUGCGUUUCUCUAGACAGUGAAAAGUGUACAUUUCCUGGCUGUGGUAACUCAUAUGAAAUGCAGAGUCCUGAAGAACUAGCUCGUCCAGAAAAUCCUAAGCCAAAGUGGCCUGUGCCAAAAGAUUUAAUUGAGCUGCAGCCUUCCUAUAAACAGGAUGACUGGAAUCCUGAUUGGCAGUCGACAUCUAGUAGCAAAGUCUCAUAUCUAGUACACCAAUUAAAAGAACUACAGAAAAAUAAUAGAAAGAUUGGGUACUCCAGUGAGAUUGGAGCGGUUACGUCUAAUGAGCAAUUCUCAUCUGACCUGGGCUAUUCUAACACAUCUCUAGAUCAAGGGGCUUGCAGCAAAUCUGGAAAUGAAAGGUGCCAGAUUCCAUUGGAGAAAGUUAUUAUUUUUUCUCAGUUUCUUGAACAUAUCCAUGUUAUUGAACAACAGCUGACAAUUGCGGGCAUUCAAUUUGUUGGAAUGUACAGUCCAAUGCACUCAAUCAAUAAGAUGAAAUCACUAGCAACUUUUCAAUAUGAUGCGAAUUGUUUGGCUCUUUUGAUGGAUGGAAGUGCUGCACUGGGUCUUGAUCUAAGCUUUGCGACUCAUGUCUAUCUGAUGGAGCCUAUAUGGGAUCGAAGUAUGGAGGAGCAGGUUAUUAGUCGUGCACAUCGAAUGGGUGCGAUUCGCCCGAUUCAUGUGGAGACACUAGCGAUGAAUGGCACAAUUGAAGAGCAAAUGUUGAAAUUCUUGCAGGAUGGGGAAGAAUGCCGACGACUAUUGAAUGCAGAGAUUGGUGAGAAUGAUCACGAUGGAACGCGACCAUUUCGCACAUUACAUGAUUUUGCUGAGAGCAACUACCUGGCUCAUCUCGGCUUUGUGCGGACUAAUUCUAGGACAGAGAAGGCGCCGGCGGCAUUUAUGGCUUUGUGCAGCUAACAACAAUUCAUCCCUUUUAAUGCUUUAGUUCCCAUUGUUAUGUAUUUUAGAUUCAAUUGCGCUGUAUUUGAUCAGCGGUGUUGACCAUGAUCGGGUCUGUUCGGUUUGAUUUGGUUCGGUUCGGUUAGCCGGUGGGAUCUGUUUGAUUUAUAGGUCUAAUGUUGGCAACACUCUUCCUUAGCUUCGCGUAGAAGAAGAAAUCCAUCUCAUGCUUCAUAUC